GAUGUAAGAACAAAAGGUUGCAAUAACAAAAGGGAAGAACUCAUCUUCUUAGUCCCGAAGGAAAAGUCUCUCUCAGGUCGCCGCCGCCGCCUCCCGCCGGAAGAAUCUCAGCAUCUCUCUUCGACGCCCUAAAAUUCCAACACCCACGAUCAUUUUCCAUCCUUGUCCCUUCGGAAUCCUCUCUUUCAUCCUGUUAAACUUUCUAUCUUCGCUCUCUCGGAAGUCCUUCGACUUUUUCAAGGGAUAAUCUUCAGGACUUCUUUUCUAUAAUUCCUUGAAAUCUGUUUCCUCCUACCACAUCGAUGACUACUCCUUUGGAUAUGUCACUAGAGGAUGUGAUAAAGAAGAAUAAUCGUGAAAAGCUUAGAGCACGAGGUAGGGCCCGUCGUGGGCGUGGAGCAGGUGGGUCUUUUAAUGGUGGAAGAGGAGUAGUGAUAGGAUCAGUUCGUAGAGGUCCUCUCGGCAUAAAUGCACGGGCAUCUGCUUACUCAAUUCGCAAGCCCCCACACAGAAUGAAGAAUGUUCAAUGGCAGCAUGAUUUAUUCGAAGAUAGUCUUAGAGCUUCAGGGAUUUCUGGAAUUCAAAUUGGCACAAAGUUGUACGUUUCCAACUUGGAUUAUGGGGUAACCAAAGAAGAUAUAAAGGAGUUGUUCUCUGAAAUUGGAGACGUGAAAAGAUUUGCAAUUCAUUAUGACAAAAAUGGUCGUCCAAGUGGCUCAGCUGAGGUGGUAUAUACUCGGCGAAGUGAUGCAUUUGCUGCUCUGAAGCGCUAUAACAAUGUGUUAUUGGAUGGGAAGCCAAUGAAGAUUGAAAUGCUUGGUGAUAAUGCUGAAAUGCCGGUUUCUGCACGUAUAAAUGUUACUGGAACAAAUGGAAGAAACAGGAGGACAGUUGUUUUAACGUCUGAAUCUGGUCGUAAUGCUACUUCCAACGUGGUUAACUCUUUUCCUGGUCCAAGCCAUCGUGGAGGCCUGAGGAAUGCUCGUGGCCGUGGGCGAGGUGCUUGGAGCCGUGGUGUAGGUCUAGGAGGAGGAAGUGGAGGAGGCCGUGGCCGAGGGCGUGGUCGUGGCCGUGGGCAAGGAAGGAAAAAACCUGUAGAGAAGUCCUCAGAUGAACUUGACAAGGAGCUUGAAAACUACCAUGCAGAAGCCAUGCAAACCUGAGGAGAGGAACCUUGGUCGAAUGUGCAAAAGUUGAAGUAUGAUCCGAUUAACUUGUGUUAGUAACAAUAUAUAUUGCAUUCUCGGGUGAUUAUUUUGUUAUUAUUAGUUUACAUGUUUAUUUUAUUUUAUUUUUUUUUACUUCGGUAGACUAGAUAUGUAUUUUGCCUGUUAAAUGUUAAUGGAGAUGAUAAUACUGUUCGACCCUCUAUUAUCAAAACUAUCUUUUUGGUUGAUCCUGAAUGAAUCGAGCUUGGGAUCAUCAAUCUCUCGAAUAGGUAAAAAAUUUCUUUAUGUAUAAAAGGAUUAAGUUGUUUCUUUUGAA